AUGAGCUAUAGAACCAACUGCACCUCCCAGAACGUAAACGUUAAUACUUUGAAUAAUUCAAAUGAUAACAACUUAAGCAAAAUAGACGACAAGAGUAAUGUACCUUUUGAUGAAAACUGGAAAAAAAGGAUUUUAGAACCAUUGAAAGAUCGUCGAUAUAAAACUGAAGAUGUAACAAAAACAAAGGGAAACGAAUUUGAAGAUUAUUUUCUAAAAAGGGAAUUAUUGAUGGGCAUAUUUGAAAAAGGAUAUGAAAAACCAUCACCCAUACAAGAAGAAAGUAUACCUGUUGCAUUGGCAGGAAAAAAUAUAUUGGCCAGGGCGAAGAAUGGAACAGGAAAAACUGCUGCCUUUGCAAUUCCCCUUCUGGAGAAAUGCAAUACCCACAAAAAUUUUAUUCAAGGACUCAUCCUAGUGCCAACACGAGAACUAGCCCUGCAAACCUCAGCCAUGAUCAAAGAGCUAGGGAAACAUAUGAAAAUUCAGUGUAUGGUUACCACAGGUGGAACAUCACUUAGAGAAGAUAUAAUGAGAUUGUACAACGUUGUGCAUAUAUUGUGUGGGACUCCUGGUAGAAUUCUUGAUUUAGCAAAUAAAGAUGUGGCAAAUUUAUCGGGUUGUCACAUAAUGGUAAUGGACGAAGCGGAUAAAUUAUUAUCACCAGAAUUUCAACCAAUUGUUGAAGAAUUAAUGAAAUUUUUGCCAAAAGAAAAACAAAUAUUAAUGUAUUCAGCUACUUUUCCAGUUACUGUAAAAGAAUUUAGACAGAUAUAUCUCUCAGAUGCACAUGAAAUAAAUCUUAUGGAUGAACUAACCUUGAAAGGAAUCACACAGUAUUAUGCAUUUGUUAAGGAAAGACAAAAGGUACAUUGUCUCAAUACCCUCUUUGCAAAAUUACAAAUAAAUCAAGCCAUUAUUUUUUGUAAUAGUAUAACUAGAGUAGAAUUAUUAGCCAAAAAAAUUACAGAAUUAGGCUAUAGCUCUUUUUAUAUACAUGCAAGAAUGUCUCAAACACAUAGAAAUAGAGUUUUUCAUGAUUUUAGAAAUGGAGCAUGUAGAUGUUUAGUUUCUUCAGACUUGUUCACAAGAGGUAUAGAUAUACAAUCUGUUAAUGUUGUUAUAAAUUUUGAUUUUCCAAAGAAUUCGGAAACGUACCUUCAUAGAAUUGGUAGAUCUGGUAGGUAUGGUCACCUAGGCUUAGCUAUCAACUUGAUUACCUAUGAGGACCGUUUUAAUUUAUACAAAAUUGAAUUGGAACUUGGCACAGAGAUUCAGCCGAUUCCGAACGAAAUAGACCCGUCACUUUACACCUAA